AGUGAGAGGACGGGAGGACCAAUCAAAGGCUGGGAUGCUGACAGUGCUGGCCAAUCAGACACGGCGAACUCAGACUACGUAAGGGAUUUAAACACUGUGAACGAGAAGGCUGUGUGCUGUCCACUUGUUAAAGGCCUCUGGGACAGAGAAGCAUCUUGGGAAGGACGUGAGAUGGAGGUGCAAAAAGGUAAAGAAAACCUUCCCAGGUCAAGAUUCCAGAGGACUUUCUUGUCAUCCCUGAAGAAUCGCAGAUCAGUGGAAGUUGGGAAGCAGGCAGGAAAAGGUCCAAAACAAUGUGAGAGUAAGACAGAAUCUGUUUCCACCAAACAAGAAGCUGUGAGUGAUAUUGAUAAGGCAAAAGUCAUCAAGAGUUCUAACAUCUCAAGUGGUAAUGCCCCGUCAACUCGCAGGCCUCUGUGCAAUAACAAUCAGGCAUGGCUCAAGCAGAAACCAGUACCAGACAAAGUGGUCAGGUCUUCAGCUGAGAAGCCCACUCCAUCAGUCAGAUUGGGAGAGGACAGAACCAUUAAGUCAAGGUUUCAUGUGCCAAGGGUUGCUGUGGGAAGCACAGCUCCCACACAAGAAGUUAAGGCAGUUUUGGAAACCAAAAAACUCCCACUCAGAGGUGUUGUCAGCGGACAGCAAAAUAUAAAACCCACAUUAGUCCCUACUGGAUCCUCCCUUCAGUCCAAAUCCACCUCAGCCUCCACCGGAUCCUCCCUUCAGUCCAAAUCCACCUCAGCCUCCACCGGAUCCUCCCUUCAGUCCAAAUCCACCUCAGCCUCCACUGGAUCUUCCCUUCAGUCCAAGAACCUGACUUCUGAACCAUCCUCUCAGUCUAAGACUACAGCCUCUGUUGCCUCAUCCCUUCAGUCAAAGACUUCAGCCUUUACUGGAUCAUCCUUACCAUUAAAGACAUCCAAUGAAUCAUCCUUGCCACUAAAGACUUCAACCUCUACUGGAUCAUCUCAUGAGUCAGACAUGUCUAUGGGAUCAUCCUCUCAAUCAAAGACAGGAUCUGCUGGGUCAUCCUCUCAAUUGAAGGGAGUAACCACUGGAUCAUCUCUACAACCUGACACUUUAGCCUCUAUUCAGCCUUCAAAUUCACAAGUACCUACAGUAGAUGCACAGUCAGUUCCAGUUUCUGUGGAAGAUAGCAGCACAAACUCAUCUAGUCAUGUAAAAGUCAAAACUGGCGUAGAAACAAGUUCCAUUGCGUUAGUCAAAUCCAGCACUCAAGAACCUCCGCUAGAUGUGCCACGUUCAUCAUCUGUUACUGAUGAAAACAAAGAAAAAGAACUUGUUGCUUCAAUACCAUCUCAGUCAGUAAAUGUAGCUCAUGAAAGUCAAGGUAAUGAACGGGUAACAUCCACAGCUUUAGAGAAAAUAGUAUCUGAUGAGAGCAAUAAAACUGCAGAUGCUGAAGAAUCUGUUAAAUCGGAGGCAUCCAGCAAUGGUGAUAAGGAGUCGAGCAAGAAAGAAGGAGGCAGUAAAAAGGAUCUUUGGGCCUUGGAUAAUUUUGAGAUAGGCCGUCCACUGGGCAGGGGCAAGUUUGGUAAUGUCUACCUUGCAAGAGAGAAGUCAUCUCAUGUGAUACUAGCUUUGAAGGUCAUGUUCAAAGUUGAGCUGUCUCGAGCUGGUAUAAGUCAUCAGGUUCAAAGAGAAGUUGAAAUUCAAACACAUCUAAGACAUCCAAAUGUUCUCCGCAUGUAUGGAUACUUCCACUGUGAUAAGCGAGUGUACCUUCUUUUGGAGUAUGCUCGUCACGGGGAGCUGUACAAGGUGCUUCGCUCUCAGCCCAACAGUCGCUUCACUGAAUACCAUUCUGCCAACUAUAUUGCCCAGCUUGUAAGUGCACUUAAGUAUCUACACAGCAAAAAGGUUAUCCAUAGAGACUUGAAACCUGAGAACAUCUUGAUUGCAGCUAAUGGUCAACUGAAGAUAGCAGACUUUGGUUGGUCUGUCUGGUCUCCAAAUGAAAGGAGGACAACUCUGUGUGGCACAUUGGAUUAUCUGCCUCCUGAGAUGAUUGAAGGCUGCAAAUAUGAUGAAAAAGUUGACAUCUGGUCUCUUGGAGUCUUGUGCUAUGAGUUUGUGUGUGGAAAACCCUCCUUUGAAGCUGCCAAGAAGUCAGAAACUUUCAAAAGAAUUGCUAGAGUUGAUAUUCGGUUUCCUCAGUUCUUGACAGAUGAAGUGAUCGAUUUGAUUUGCAAGCUAUUGCGCUAUAAUCCCAAGGAACGCCUUUCUUUAGACGCAGUAAUGGACCAUCCAUGGAUCAAGAAACACUACAAUCCUGAUGUUCCACCACCAAACCCAUGUGCAGAUUAAAAGUUUGUCCAUCCAUGUGUGUGUGUGUGUGUGUGUGUGUACUGGAGUUCCAUAGAAAUGUGAAAUACCUUGUAAUUCUACAUACAUUUGGAAUAAUGCAGUUGGUGUACUCUGUAGUCAAAUAAUUCUUAGCAGUGGUUGUUUUUACUUAAGUAUUUACAGAUUUUUAUGUAGCAGGACCGGAAUGUGAAGAACGCUGAGGCUGGCGUUGUGAUCUGCAGCAGAAUUAUACCACUAAGAGUUCACAUUGCUGUCAAAAUGGAGUAUUAUUUUCUUUAUUUCAUAUAUUACUCUAGUAUUUUCUGUUGGUUAGAAUAGUGGCUGUGAUGGCCAGUGUAUGAUGUGACAAUUAAUUCCAAGUCAUUAUGUUGUCAUGUAUAUUAUUAUCUUUUAUUUCAACUGACUUGCUAGAGUAUGUAUUAUAGCAUUGCAAAUCUUUCUUUCCUCCCUUUUAAUCCUUACUUUUGAACCCCAUACUGACACGUCUGGGAAUAAUACUUAAAAGUAAAAACAUAGCUCUCUCUCUCUCUCUCUCAAGUGUUAGAAAAAAGAUGGUAGUAGGAAGUGUUCUUAAAAGCCUCCCGUCCAGGAAGAACAGUUCUCACUAGUAAGUCUGUUGGAUUUGCACCAUUUGCCAUUAAUUUUAUCAUACUAAUUAUGGAACAUUUCCACCAAGAGAAUGAAAGAAGUGUUUUUAUAUCAUAUUUUUACUGACUAAGAUGGGUUUUCUUAUGCUGUAAGUAACUAUUUAUUGCUUACUGUUAAUGAAAUAUGUAUGCAUUAUUAUUGUUUUUCUUGUGUGUGUGUGUGUGGCACCAUAUAGCCAAGUGGCAAAUCUCCCGGAAGAAGUGCUUAGUCUUCGUGCACACACUUGAAUGUUGCUUGGUUCUUUGUCACCAUGGUGUCUCAUUGAGUUUUAUAGCUUUUAAUUUUCAUAUAACCUCAUAACCUUCAUUAAACUGUACAUUCAGAUUUAUCUGUGAUAAGUAUGUAAACUUUCAAAGCAAAUGCAUUAUUGUGACAUCUGAAUAAAAAUACAGAAUUAA